AUGCUCGGCAAACUAAGCGUGCGGCUCGUGCGAAACGCCGCGUGCGGCGGAGGAAAGCAGCUGUUGAGUCGCGUCGCCGCUCCCGCCAUCGAAUUCAAACAUGUCAGGGCGGCGCACUUUACCUACUUUCCGAGCGAGAGGCCGAAUAACACCGGUGAGACUCAAAAGCUGAAUAUGUUUCAAGCCAUAAAUGAAGGGCUCACCGUCGCAAUGGAGAACAAUCCGCGCACUGUGAUAUUCGGCGAGGACGUAGCGUUCGGAGGUGUUUUCCGUUGCACCAUGAACCUGAAGAAACACUUCGGCGGUGAUCGUGUCUUCAAUACGCCUCUCUGCGAGCAGGGGAUAGUCGGUUUUGGAAUCGGCUUAGCCAACGCUGGAGUGUCGGCGAUCGCCGAAAUCCAAUUCGCGGACUACAUAUUUCCAGCCUUCGAUCAGUUGGUAAACGAAGCGGCCAAGAUGCGAUAUCGAAGCGGCAACAUGUUCGACUGCGGCAAACUUACGGUCCGUGCACCCUGCGGAGCGGUCGGCCACGGCGGUCUUUAUCAUUCCCAAAGUCCAGAGGCUUACUUCGCGCACACUCCUGGCCUGAAGAUCGUCGUGCCUCGCGGAGCGAUGCACGCGAAAGGUUUGCUGUUGAGCUGCAUAGAAGAGCCGGAUCCGUGUAUUAUGUUUGAACCCAAGAUUCUCUACCGCAAGGCGGUCGACGAUGUGCCCGUGGGUCACUACAAGAUCGAAAUCGGCAAGGCUGAGGUCGUGAGGAAAGGUGACGCGGUCACACUCGUGGGCUGGGGCACUCAGGUGCACGUCCUGCUGGAGGUGGCCGACCUGGUGCGGGAGAAGCUCGGCGUAUCCUGCGAAGUGAUAGACCUCGUCUCCAUUCUACCUUGGGACGCGGAACUCGUCUGCAAGUCGGCGAGGAAAACUGGACGCGUCGUCAUCGCCCACGAAGCGCCGAUGACGAACGGAUUCGGGGCAGAGAUCGCCGCGACCGUGCAGGCGGAGUGCUUCUUGUACUUGGAGGCGCCGGUUCAAAGGGUCACCGGAUGGGACUGUCCUUUCCCGCACGUCUUCGAGCCGUUUUACCUGCCGGACAAGUGGCGUUGCUUCGCUGCCGUUCGGGGUAUUCUUAAGUACUGAAGUUACGGCGAAGGGAUUAGCAACGGCGGCAGCAACGGCGGCGGCAACAGCAGCAGCUACGAUGGAGGAAGAAAACCUGUUGUCUACACACGAGAAAGCGCGCAGCGCUUUUUCCGCGUUAUUAAUUUCUUUUUUUAUACUCGCCGUGUACGCGUCGCGUUUCCUUUACGACCAAGCGCAUCCUCUCGCGCGAGAUACAAACGCCGGAGGGAGCGCAUGUAAUCGUUAAUUGAACGUUCUUGUGAAUUAUGCGAUGGAAUUAAUUAACGGUCUGCAUAUUUACACGCCACUCGUACGAAUAAAACGCUUCGCAUUAAGAAGGCGUCGUGUGAAUCCCCGAUCGCGCGUCUGUCUCUGCGACAGUUGUCUUUAUUAUCCAAAUUAAUUAUCUUAAUUAUCUGGAUUAUCCGAAAAUGCAAAAGUAAAGUGACCUUUAAAGAAUCGCACGAGCGCGGUUAUCGGCAGAAUUAUUUGUUGAACAAUAAUUUUAAUCGGGCAAAAAUACAAGAGCGAGAUGACGCCCGAAAAAUCAGUGUCUCGAGAGAGAGAGAGAGAGAGAGAGAACGGUUGUAUCUAAAUAUUUUGUCAACAGUCAUGUCAGAUAUCCUCGACGCAAGGCUGUGUCGCCAUAAUAACAUGAAUUUUUCAUCGUUAAUAAAUAAGCGAGGGAAUUUGAAUCCGGGUGGUUUGCCUAGCGCGCGCACACACACACGCGCUCGCACGCGUGCAGAACCGCGUCCCUGACCCGGUUCAUCGUGCAGCCCACAUAAAUCCUUUCCUGUCUAAAUUAAUAACAUGAAAGAUGAUACAAAUCGUCGCCGACGGCGAUACCGUGGCCGCUCGACGUAGAUGACGUCGGGACGGACAGGUUCACAGUCCAGGAUGGAUCGCCUGGGUGUCUUUCUUCUCUCUUUUUGUUUCGCCGAUAAUCUGGGUCAAGUCCUUCUUCAAUAAUAAAACUGCGCGCCCCUGUGGCAAUGUAAUAUCUCAAUCAAGGUUUCAGACGCAGCUGCUGUCCUUUCCAGUUUGAACCUUUAGAGACCGCGGUGUUCCGCUUGUCAGCGGGAUGUGAGUUUUCAAUCGAGCUCGCGGAUGAUGAAGAUGCGCGCCUGCGCGAGGCUCGAGCUAAGAUUGAGCCUCGGCUCUGAAAUAUACGAGCGAAUACAUUAAAUGCAAAUGCGACAAGUGUGCAAACACCACCGUUACACGGGCGUUACACGUUUUCUCACUAAUAUAUGUGAACGUGAGAUUGACGUCUCUGCGCUUCUGAGAUAUUUUGUAAUUUGAACCGAGUCGUGGUGAGACGACAUCGAGCUCGCGAGAGGAGCGAAGCGAAGUCACUUGGAACUUGAUUAUCGGAUCGACGGAAGAGAACAGAGUCGAGGAAAUGAAGGAAGUGCACGCCGGCGUAACCGGCGCGCGCUCCUGACAUAUUUUGUAAUUUGAAAGGGAAACCACAUUCUUUCACUGUGUAUUAUGAUACGGGAAAGUUGGCAACGCGCACGUACACGCACACAGUCGCAGGACACAGCUGGUGCACACUUACGGAGUGCAAUGCGGGAGGGAGGGGGGGGGAGAGAGAGAGAGAGAGAUAAAGAUAGAAGAAAACAGCUGAUGGGGAGGGAGAGACUCGCGGCGGUGGAAAAGAGACGGCCCAGUCGCCGCGAAGUGUAGCCUACAUCGAAGGUCGACAAGUUAUUCUUUUAUUAGUCGCUUUUUGCGAGAAUAGAGCAACGGCUCUUGCACAUGUUAACAUAUGGCGCCGAUGCGCUCGUCGAUACCGGCACCCGAGGGAUUUUCACCCGCCACGAUCCAACAUCGAUCGUGAAGCGGUGCUCUCCCCGAAGUACGAGUUGCCGAAAGCAUCCUGCUGCCAACGACUGUUCUACGUCGAAGUGACAGGUGCGGUAGACUUUGUGGAAAGAGAUGAGAAUAUCGCGCGGUAGAUUAUCCCCGAUCCCUUUACAUGUAGGAAUUGUUUAAUGCGAAUAUUUUGUUGUGUUCAUCAAUUAACAGAUUAAAAUGCGUGGAAAAGA